AGGAGGAGGAGGAAGCCGGGGGACUGCCGUCUUUCCAAACGAGAGGAGGGUCUUUAAAAUUUAUAUAUAUAUAUCUGAUUGGGGCACCAAGUCCCUGCCAAGUUGUGCCUUGGACGUGGAGGUGACCAGCACCAUUGCACGAUUUUUUUUUUUAAAUGUAUAGACUUCGGGGUGCUGGAUGCUGUCUCGGGGGGCGUCGAUAAUUUAGGAGAGGAUCAUCAGCAGACUGUCUGGUCCGGAUAAUUGGAUACUGAGGUGUGUUCAUCUGGGGUAGGUGGGUACUUUGAUUUAUUAAAGAAGAGUGUCACUAGCAAGACACAUCCAAGUAAAGCAGCAGACUGCCCUGGUUGGAACCAUUGUUUCAUAAUCUUUGAUAUCAGCAGUCAGAGACUGGUUUAGUUGCAAUAAUCUAACCUCAGCCAGUUGAACUCUUCACCCCCGGGGACUAGAUCUUGUUCUUGUAUUUCAUUUGUUUUGGAACAAGGGGCCGUGCUUUGAGGAGUUCAGUGAGAAGCGAGAGGACAAUCAUGCCUAGUAGAGCUGUAGAAGAUGCAGAUCGUUUCAUCUUAUUGAGAUUGGUGAUUGAGUCUCUGCUGUAGUCUCUCAGCAGAAAUCCUGCUAGAUUAUUCUUCAAUUCAGUAUUCCGUCACACUUUUCCCAAUGCCAUAAGAAGUCUUCACAGAGCCUCAUUUAAUCUUCUGAUGCAAGUUUUCCUGCAAUGGGCAGAACUGUGUGAGAGAGCAAGCGGGAGCAUUGCCAUCUAAUGCCUAUAGACUGCUGGGUGAAAGGUUCCAAGGAGAAAGAGAACCUGGCCAAUCUGCAGAACCCUUGAGAAAAUGGGAGCAAGAAAGCUUUAAAAAGCCCAGCUUUGGACACACUCCAUGUGUCUUCCCAGCUUUCAAGUGAACUAGCACUUAAGACCUUGUGGAACAAAAUGGACUCUGGGGACACAACCAUAGGGCAAAACGCUACCUCAAGGUCUGGAGAAAUUGCUCAAGUACCAAGUAGAUGGAGACAGGAACACUCAGCCCCUAUUAAGAUGAGCACUUUUGGCAACCCAGAAGGACAGAGGCCACCACCGAUAGAGCCUGAAGCAAUCGGAAGCCCGGCAUCCACACAACUUUUUGGUUCUGGGAAACUGGCAUCAUCCGGCGAAGUGGGCCAACAAGUCACAGAGAAGCAAUAUCCACCCCACCGCCCCAGUCCUUAUUCAUGCCAACAUUCUCUUUCUUUUCCUCAGCAUUCAUUGCCACAGGGGUUCAUGCACAGCACCAAGCCACACCAGAGUUUGGAAGGCCACUCCUGGCCAUUUCCAGGCCACUUACAGUCUGUUGCCUCAGAGGACUUGUUUCCUUUCCACAUACACGGCCACGGUGGUGGUUUCUCCCGAAAGAAGAUUUCAAGUCUGAACCCUGCUUAUAGCCAAUACUCCCAGAAGAGUAUAGAACAAUCAGAAGAGGCUCAUAAGAAAGAGCACAAACCCAAAAAACCCGGCAAGUAUAUAUGUCCCUACUGUAGCAGGGCUUGUGCCAAACCGAGUGUACUGAAAAAACAUAUUAGGUCCCACACGGGUGAACGGCCAUACCCUUGUGUACCUUGUGGUUUCUCUUUCAAGACAAAGAGCAAUUUGUACAAGCACAGGAAAUCACAUGCCCAUGCAAUUAAAGCCGGAUUAGUACCUUUCACAGAGUCAGCUGUAUCUAAGUUGGACCUAGAUGCCAGUUUUAUUGAUGUGGAAGCAGAAAUACAUUCAGAUGGUGAACAGAGCACAGACACAGAUGAAGAGGCCUCAUUGUUUGCUGAGGGCUCUGACAAGCUGAGUCCCGUUCCACAGAUCCCAUUGGAUAUUGCCAGCAGAAGCAGCUUCCCUGGAUCUUUGGAAGAAUCCUUAGGAGGCCCAAUGAAAGUGCCGAUUUUAAUUAUCCCCAAAAGUGGGAUUCCUUUGCCUGCUGAGGGCUCCCAGUAUCCUGGAUCUGACCUGCUGCAGAACCCAUCUUUAAAUACUAAAGCUGACGACUCUCAUACGGUAAAACAGAGACUUGCACUAAGGAUCUCAGAGAAAAAAGGACAAGACUCUGAGCCAUCGCUAAACCUCCUGAGCCCCCACAGCAAAGGCAGCACUGAUUCGGGUUACUUUUCCCGCUCAGAAAGUGCGGAACAGCAGAUAAGCCCCCCAAAUACAAACGCGAAGUCUUAUGAAGAAAUCAUCUUCGGAAAGUACUGUCGGAUUAGUCCCAGAACGCCAAGUCAGGAGCGCACUACCAUGGGACGGAAGGGCAAGAUGGAGGCGCCGCCUCAUGGGAACACCAGGUUAGAUGUCAAGAUGCUUGAAGAUCCUAAUUCCCAGCUGAUUCCCGGGAAUGGAGAUGGCCUCGACCCAAGCCAGUUGAGCUCUCUGAAGUCAAUCAAAUUCGGCACGCAACCCAACCAAUCCCAAACGAUCACCCCGGCUGUCAAAAGUGAAGCCAAGCUUUAUCCAUCGAAUCCUCAGGGCAGUGCCCCCAUUCUCUUAGAAGCUGCUGCAGAUUCCUCACCACUCAUUAGGAGCAACUCCAUGCCAACAUCCUCAGCCACUAAUUUAAGCGUCCCCCCGGCUUUGAGAGGAAGCCAUUCCUUCGAUGAGCGGAUGACCGGUUCGGAUGACGUUUUUUACCCAGGCACUGUUGGAAUAACACCCCAGCGCAUGUUAAGAAGGCAAGCUGCAUUUGAACUGCCUUCGGUUCAGGAAGGGCACGGAAGCACCGAACACCACGGGAGGCCAGCCAAAAACAGCUCCGUUUCUUCUAGCAAGGCAGCCGUGGGUGAAAAGGGGGCCUCCCUCAAGGAGAAGAAAUUGGCGGGGGACAGGCCUGGUUAUGACUAUGACGCUUGCCGGAAGCACUAUAGGAAGUGGGAAGAAGCAGAUGUCCAGAGGCAAAACCUCAGGGAUGUCCAGGGCUUGGGGGGGUUAAAACCCGGAGGCGAGUAUUUCAUGGAUCCCUCGGGGCCGUCCCAGUCAGGGCCCAGCCUGUUUGGAACAACAUGUGAAAAUAGAAAGCGCAGGAAAGAGAAGAGUGUUGGUGAUGAAGAGGAUACCCCGAUGGUAUGCAGUGGCACGCCAAGUACUCCAUCUGGCCUGCCUUCUUCAGAGUUUGAUCCCAAACUGCAGCUACAGGAAGGAUCGAGGAGCGACAGCUUUGCUGUUGCCGGUCAUGACAAUCCUUCCCAUUGUCACCCUGAGCGCUUCGAGACAGCUAGACCCCACCUGCAGACCGGAAGCCCAUCCGCCGGAUCCGAAGAGUCCCCAGUAGCUGCCGAUCCGGAGAAGACGGGAGAUCUGGUGAACCGGAAGCCUCCCGGAAAUGUCAUCUCGGUCAUCCAGCACACCAAUUCACUCAGCCGACCGAACUCGUUUGAAAGGUCUGAGUCUACGGACCUCAUCACUUGCCAGCCCGAUAAAGCCUAUUCUCCCUCAGAAACCUGUGACAGUGAGAUUGCCGAAGCCCCAGGUAGUCCAGAAUGGGCCCCGCCAACAGACAGCGUGGAGAGUGCGGGCAGACCAUCUCCAUCCCAGCAACCACAGCCCUAUCACAUGCAGCCCAGACUCGUGCGUCAGCACAAUAUCCAGGUCCCUGAAAUUCGGGUUACAGAAGAGCCAGAUAAACCCGAGAAGGAAAAGGAAGUUCCGAAUAAAGAGCCCGAAAAGCCAGCUGAAGAGUUCCAGUGGCCCCAGAGGAGUGAAACACUUUCCCAACUCCCAGCUGAAAAAUUGCCCCCUAAGAAGAAGCGCUUACGUCUCGCAGACAUGGAGCACUCUUCCGGGGAAUCCAGCUUUGACUCCACAGGCACGAGCCUGUCUCGGAGCCCUAGUCAAGAAAGCAAUUUAUCCCACAGUUCAAGUUUUUCCAUGUCCUUCGAGAGAGAAGAAAGCAUAAGGUUUGUCACCCCUCCCAAGCAGGAUGAAUUUGGGAAGCCGUCGGAGUUUUUAACUGUUCCGGCUGGCGCUUACUCUCUGUCUGUACCCGGACACCACCACCAGAAAGAAAUGAGGCGCUGCUCGUCGGAACAGAUGCCUUGUCCUCACCCGACUGAAGUCCCUGAGAUCCGGAGUAAGUCUUUCGACUAUGGGAAUCUGUCUCAUGCUCCCGUGACAGGAGUGUCAUCGGCGAGUCUCUCCCCAUCUCGAGAAAGGAAGAAAUGCUUUCUCGUGCGGCAGGCUUCCUUCAGUGGUUUCCCAGAAAUCUCUCAGGCUGAUCCGAGCAUGGAACAGGUAAUAAAGCAGGAACAGAUGGAGCACAUGCAUGCUGGUCUGAGAUCUGCUUGGCAUCAUUCCCCGUCCUCCAUGCUUCAACCUCUCCAGGCAGAGGAUUCUGGGAAGCAGAUGGUCAGUGCUUGUAUGCAACUCGGUAGCACUUCCCCUUACCUUGCACAGCAGCCAGCCGUUCACAUGGACAGCCCAGAAGCGUUGCUAAACCCUCUGCUACAGCCAGCCCCUUUCAUUUCAGGCAAGCACCCCUCUGACCAGCCACAUUUAUUUGGUCAUCCAGAAAAGAUUCCGUUUCCCCCAGUACCCAAUGCCUUGUUUCAAUUUCAGUACCCCACCGUCUGCAUGGUUCACUUACCCGCUCAGCAGCCCCUCCUGUGGCAGACAUGUACAGACUCUUUACAGAGACGUUUUCAGCAUCACUUUGUGCAGCAGUUACAGAAAGGCUACGUCAGGUCCCCCUUCCAGCCAGAACUCCACACUGGUUAUCACUUGGAGCCUGCCCCAGACCACGCAGGAAAGAAACAGGUUGACUACGCACAGGCGAAAGAGCAAAAUAUCCAGCAUUAUUCAGGAACAUCUGGGCAGCACUCAAAGAAUGCGCUUACAAAGUUUCAGAUGGAGCCGAGCCCCAACUCCACAGAUUCUCCCUCUGAACAGCAUCUUCCAACUGGUUUUGGCUCUCAGAACGUUGGCCCCGUUCAGUCCUUACCAGGAACAGUGGUUCCCGUACGGAUCCAGACGCAUGUGCCAUCCUACGGGAGUGUCAUGUAUACGAGCAUUUCCCAGAUCCUUGGCCAGAACAGCCCGGCUAUUGUCAUCUGCAAAGUGGAUGAGACCAUGUCUCAGAGAACGUUGGUUACCAGUGCGGCCAUGCAAGGCAUUGGAUUUAACAUUGCACACAUGUUAGGGCAGCAUUCGGACUUAGAGAAAUAUCCCAUUUGGAAAGUGCCACAGACCUUGCCCCUGGCUUUGGAGUCUUCCAUCCCAUUGUGUUUGGCUUCCAGCUCAGACACCGCCUCCACCCUUGGAGGGAGUAAGCGCAUGCUGUCUCCCGCCAGCAGUCUCGAGCUCUUCAUGGAAACCAAGCAGCAGAAAAGGGUCAAGGAAGAAAAGAUGUACGGGCAGAUUGUUGAGGAACUGAGUGCAGUAGAGCUAACUAAUUCAGAUAUCAAAAAGGAUUUCCCUCGCCCCCAGAAACCCCAGCUGGUUAGGCAGGGCUGUGCUUCUGAGCCAAAAGAAGGCUUGAGGUCUGGGUCUUCCUCCUUAUCUUCGCUUUCACCCUCCUCAUCUCAAGACUAUCCGACUGGAGGUGUGUCAACCAAUGACCCACUCCCCCCCAGCAGAGAAAAGCUUUCCAGCUUCAGUGCAACGCCUCCAGGACAGAAGUCCAGUGGUCCUUCUGAAGGCCGAGAGUCCUCAGAUGAAUUAGACAUCGAUGAAACAGAAUCAGAUAUGAGUAUGAGCCCACAGAGGUCAUCACUGCCACCAGCGGAAAUUCAGCAUGAAGAGCCAGGGAGGCAGCAGAAAUUCCCAGUCGGCAUGCUGGUCCAGAUGGCCUCUGGCCCAAGCGGUAAAGCAACAAGCUCAACGAUUCUUCUAACAGACGUGGCAGAUUUCCAGCAAAUUCUUCAGUUCCCCAGUCUGCGUACGACUACGAGUGUGAGCUGGUGCUUUUUAAAUUAUACCAAACCCAAUUAUGUGCAACAAGCCACCCUCAAAUCCUCUGUUUAUGCUUCGUGGUGUAUUAGUGCAUGUAACCCAAACCCAUCGGGAUUGAAUACCAAGACUACUCUAGCACUUCUGAGGUCCAAGCAGAAAAUUACCACAGAAAUUUAUACUCUGGCCGCAAUGCAUAGACCUGGAACUGGCAAAGUGAUAUCAUCAAGUGCUUGGAAACAGCUUGCUCAGAUGAAACCAGAAGCUUCAUUUUUGUUUGGCAGCAAACUUGAACGGAAACUAGUGGGAAGUAUCCUGAAAGAAAGAGGAAAAGGAGAUAUCCACGGAGAUAAAGAUAUCAUAUCCAAACAAACCGAGCCGAUUCGGAUUAAAAUCUUUGAAGGAGGAUAUAAAUCAAAUGAAGAUUAUGUUUAUGUUAGAGGACGAGGACGGGGAAAGUACAUUUGUGAAGAAUGUGGGAUUCGCUGCAAGAAGCCGAGCAUGCUGAAAAAACAUAUCCGCACUCACACCGAUGUUCGGCCUUAUGUAUGCAAGCUGUGUAACUUUGCCUUCAAGACAAAAGGAAAUCUGACAAAACAUAUGAAGUCCAAAGCACAUAUGAAAAAAUGCCUAGAGCUGGGAGUAUCCAUGACAUCAGUGGAUGAUACCGAAGCUGAAGAUGCAGAAAACAUUGACGAUUUGCACAAGGAAAGAGAGAAGAAUAGCAUGUCAGGAUUAUCAACUGAUCAUCAAUUCUCUGAUGCCGAGGAAUCGGAUGGUGAGGAUGGAGAUGACAAUGAUGAUGAUGAUGACGACGAAGAUGAUUUUGAUGACCAGGGAGAUUUGACACCAAAAACAAGAUCAAGAAGCACUAGCCCGCAGCCUCCCAGAUUUUCUUCUUUGCCCGUGAACGUGGGGGCAGUGCCCCAUGGAGUUUCCCCUGACAGUUCCAUGGGACAUUCUUCCCUGAUUAGUUACUUAGUCACUUUACCUAGUAUUCAGGUUACACAGCUGAUGACACCUGGCGACUCCUGUGAAGUGUCACAGAUGACAGAGUAUCAGAGGUUUUUCCAUAGCAAAAGUACCGACUCGGAGCCAGACAAAGACCGGUUAGACAUACCCACAUGUAUGGAUGAGGAGUCCAUGCUUUCCUCAGAGCCCAGCUCGUCUCCUAGAGACUUCUCACCCUUGAGCCAGCAGUCUUCACCGGGAUAUGACUCUUCACCCUGUCGCGAUAAUUCACCAAAGAGGUAUCUAAUGCCCAAGGGGGAUUUAUCACCCAGGCGGCACUUGUCCCCAAGAAGGGAUAUUUCACCCAUGAGACAUCUUUCACCCAGGAAAGAAGCCGCAUUGAGGAGAGAUUUUUCAUCCAGGGAUGGUUCGCCCAGGCGCCAUCUGUCACCGAGGAGGCCGAUGUCUCCAGGGAAAGAUAUGGCUGCCAGAAGAGAUCUCUCUCCCAGAAGAGAGAGAAGAUUCAUGACCACCAUAAGAGCACCGUCACCCAGAAGGGCUACAUCCCAUCACCCAGCAUUGUCCAUGGGGCCGUACUUGCAAUCUGAGCCAGUUUUAUUGGGGCCUGCAGGCUUACGAAGGGGACUGCCACAGGUUCCGUUCUUCGGUCUUUACGGGGAAAAAGAAGGGGCCCUUGAGCAUGCCAGCCCUGGCCCCUUUCCCGAGGGCCCGACUGACUACAUCUUCAGUCAUCUUCCACUCCACUCCCAGCAGCAAGUUCGGGCUCCCAUCCCCAUGAUGCCCGUUGGGGGCAUCCAAAUGGUCCACUCGAUACCCGCCUCCAUACCUGGUUUCCAUCCUCCCCCCACGAUGCCUCUGCCCGUGGAGGGCUCUGAAGAGAAGCGAAGAGCUCUGGCGGAGAGCAUCUCAAAGGAGCCCUACGCUAUUUUAAAGCCCCACGACAGACUCACUUCUAAUGCUUUGCACUCACCCGCUCCCUCCAGCACCCCCUCCAUGCCCUUGCUAUUACUGAAGCAGAGCACUUCCGAAGACAGCUCGUACGCGACCGAGAGGGAGCAGGAGGAAAACAUUCAGACUUGCACAAAAGCCAUCGCCUCACUCCGGAUUGCCACAGAAGAGGCCGCUCUGCUUGGAGCAGAUCAGCCAUCCCGGGGGUUGGAGCCUCAUCAGAAACCUUCAGAAAGUGCACAUUUUGGCAUUCGGCACUUUAGUGGGCCUGAGGCAGGCCACCAAACCUGCACCUCAGCCACCCAUCCUGACUUGCACGACGGUGAAAAGGACACUUUUGGCUCACCCCAGACUGCAUUAGCUCAUUCCACGUUUUACAGCAAGAGUUGUGUGGAUGUCCAACAGUUAGGCUUUCACUGCAGACAAGAAUCGCCCUCAAGCACACAGGAAGGACUCGAUCCCUCGUCAGAAAAGAGUAAACUACAUUGAUCCGAGAUGCAUGGAGACUUUUGCCCAUACAUUUACCCAUGUUUUUUCUAGAGAUAGAAGUAAUCAAGUUUCUAGCAUGCCUGUCCUAAGUUACAGUAGUUUGCUAUUAUGUCUACUUUUGUUAUAUCAAAAGAAUUAGAUAAAAUUACAAGUCAUCGUGAGCCUGACCAAAAUGAAAUUUGAAAUUAUCCUCCCGGGUCUGGUACUUUUAAAUUGUACAGAUGUUUGUGCCUUUUCUUUACUUUGCUUAUAUUCUUAUAAGCAUUUUUUAGCAGUAAUUUGUACAUAUUUUAGAAUUUGUGUAUCUGCUUUGUAAUAAAUGUAAUUUCUUUCCUUUUUUGGACACUUGGAUCUAAAUGAUGUAAAGCAAAACAGCAUCAAUAUAUAUGUGAGGUUGCACUAAAACAUAUUUUUAUAAGAUUAAAACUGAACAGCUUUUAUGUACAGCUCUGAUUCUGUAAUACUAAUAUUUAUUUACUUUGUUUCAUAAAUUGUACAUUUUUCUUAAUGUUGUGGAUUGCUUUUCUAUGUGAAGCAUGGGAUUUACUGUUGCGUAAUUAGAACAAAAAUGUAUAUUGUAAACAAGAUAUUUAAACUAGAGUAUCUUAUCUUAUUCUGCACUUAUGCAUUAGUUACAAAAAAAAGAUAAAGGAUGUAUCAGUCAGUUCAUAACUCUUGUCAUUUUUUUGGGUCUCUUGUUUGCUGGAUUGACUAUAACUUAAGUGCUGACGUGAUUUUAAACCGAUAGUACCGUAAAGCAUUAAAGUAAAACAAUGUGCUAUUGUGAGUUUUUUCAAAGCUUUAUAAAUCAACUAUAAAUAUAUUAAAAGUAUUUGGUCUUAUGUGAAACGUGGAUCUAUAUACGCAUCUAAAAAUUAUGGGAAACAUUCCGCCCCAUGUAAAUAUGUACAAGUGCAUCACUGGUACAGUUUUAUGUAACGCUCAGUUGGACACUGGGUUGCCACAUACCGAUACUGGAGUGUCUAGAAGAAUUAAAGUGACAAAGCACA